AUGGACCGCCCAACCCCCCCGGAAAUGGUCAGCUCGAACUUGCGCUACGAUGAUGUCUUUGCUCAAGGAAGCUCGGCAAAAAUGCGGAACGUUACCGACAUGGACAGUGGCCGCACUUAUCUAUUCAAGCUGUUCCACACAAAUGAAGCAUUCAUGAAGGAGAAGCGCGCCUAUGAGCGAAUGGCAGACAUAUCUACUCUUAGUAGCCACAUCCCGGUCUAUUACGGAGUUGGACACGUACCGGAUUCUAUUAUCCUAGGAAAACACGACGGGAGAACCCUCGAAGAUGUCAUCUGGAGCCUCUCACAUGAAGCGCGCGAUACCUUCAAAUGGAAGGUUACUGAGAUACUUGACAUGCUUCACAACGGUGGCGUCACUCACCGCCACAUCAAUUCAAAGAACAUCAUCAUCCAAGAGAAUCAGGUACUGCUAGUCAACUUCUGCCAUGCAGUUCUUAAGGAAGACGUUGAGGACUCUAAGUGGGACAACUGCAAACGUACAGAUGAUUAUGGUGUGGCGGAGAUAUUCGACGAGGUCCAAUGGGCUAAGGCUUACGAGGAGGCUACCAGCCUCAUUGAAAACUUACGCAAUGGCGGUGACGAACCAAUGCCGCAGAUCUGUCUAGUUCGCCUUCUAGGCCUUGUUGAAAGUCCAGCAGAGGAACUUGCUAGAUCUAUUCUCGACGUCUGCACGUCUCCUGAGCCCCUCUUAGCUCUUCCGCUUGCUGAUCACCUUGCCGGUGGUGGCGACUAUGAGGAAGCUAUUAAGGUUCUUACGCAGGCAGCAGCUCCUUUCGACAACCAAUCCCUUUCCAACGAAGAGCUCAUUAAGCAAAUCCUGCAGAUAAAGGUAAAUGCCGCUCGAUACUUAGUUGAGGAUGAGCAGGAAUACAUGGAUACGGCCCAACCACCAUCCAACGACCUCUACGAAGACGCGGUCCGUUUCUACCUCUACUCUACUCCCGGAAGGGAUCUUGCCGACGAUACUGUUAUGAACCUACGCUACGAGUUCGCAGAGCACUGCUAUGAGAUUCUACUCGAAAGCCACGCAAUGGAAGCCUGCAUUCGGGCUCUAGAAGGGGCUAUGAUGGCGAAAAACGAUGCUUCACUGGAUAUCUUAAAGAAGUAUGUUGAUCUCAUCGAAGACACGAAGAAGAGGCUCGCGCACAAGAUCAAUUCUAUCAGGGCGGACAAGGAGAGAGGAACAGGGGAGCAUACGGUGUGGGCCUGGGCCAAACUGCCGACAUUCGAGCAAGCGUACAGCCGUGCAGAGGAGGCGAGACGCUUCCACGACGAUCUAUGGGCGCAGUGCCGCGUGCCGAAGGCGGCCUUACUCUUCCAGGUAACUCCCUCCGCCGGAUAUGGCAGGUUCUCGACUCUACGCAGGAACUCAAGCUUGGAGGACUAUCGUUGA